AUGCCUUCAAGGCGUGCGCUCGCGGCGCGAGCUUCUUCGGACGAUAGCGGCUCUGCCGAGACUUCGCAGGCCGAAGCUUCGCCGAAGCCCCCGCCAGUUUCCUCCUUCCUGCAGGUUUCCUCCUUCCUGCAGGUUUCCUCCUUCCUGCAGGUUUCCUCCUUCCUGCAGGUUUCCUCCUUCCUGCAGGUUUCCUCCUUCCUGCAGGUUUCCUCCUUCCUGCAGGUUUCCUCCUUCCUGCAGGUUUCCUCCUUCCUGCAGGUUUCCUCCUUCCUGCAGGUUUCCUCCUUCCUGCAGGUUUCCUCCUUCCUGCAGGUUUCCUCCUUCCUGCAGGUUUCCUCCUUCCUGCAGGUUUCCUCCUUCCUGCAGGUUUCCUCCUUCCUGCAGGUUUCCUCCUUCCUGCAGGUUUCCUCCUUCCUGCAGGUUUCCUCCUUCCUGCAGGUUUCCUCCUUCCUGCAGGUUUCCUCCUUCCUGCAGGUUUCCUCCUUCCUGCAGGUUUCCUCCUUCCUGCAGGUUUCCUCCUUCCUGCAGGUUUCCUCCUUCCUGCAGGUUUCCUCCUUCCUGCAGGUUUCCUCCUUCCUGCAGGUUUCCUCCUUCCUGCAGGUUUCCUCCUUCCUGCAGGUUUCCUCCUUCCUGCAGGUUUCCUCCUUCCUGCAGGUUUCCUCCUUCCUGCAGGUUUCCUCCUUCCUGCAGGUUUCCUCCUUCCUGCAGGUUUCCUCCUUCCUGCAGGUUUCCUCCUUCCUGCAGGUUUCCUCCUUCCUGCAGGUUUCCUCCUUCCUGCAGGUUUCCUCCUUCCUGCAGGUUUCCUCCUUCCUGCAGGUUUCCUCCUUCCUGCAGGUUUCCUCCUUCCUGCAGGUUUCCUCCUUCCUGCAGGUUUCCUCCUUCCUGCAGGUUUCCUCCUUCCUGCAGGUUUCCUCCUUCCUGCAGGUUUCCUCCUUCCUGCAGGUUUCCUCCUUCCUGCAGGUUUCCUCCUUCCUGCAGGUUUCCUCCUUCCUGCAGGUUUCCUCCUUCCUGCAGGUUUCCUCCUUCCUGCAGGUUUCCUCCUUCCUGCAGGUUUCCUCCUUCCUGCAGGUUUCCUCCUUCCUGCAGGUUUCCUCCUUCCUGCAGGUUUCCUCCUUCCUGCAGGUUUCCUCCUUCCUGCAGGUUUCCUCCUUCCUGCAGGUUUCCUCCUUCCUGCAGGUUUCCUCCUUCCUGCAGGUUUCCUCCUUCCUGCAGGUUUCCUCCUUCCUGCAGGUUUCCUCCUUCCUGCAGGUUUCCUCCUUCCUGCAGGUUUCCUCCUUCCUGCAGGUUUCCUCCUUCCUGCAGGUUUCCUCCUUCCUGCAGGUUUCCUCCUUCCUGCAGGUUUCCUCCUUCCUGCAGGUUUCCUCCUUCCUGCAGGUUUCCUCCUUCCUGCAGGUUUCCUCCUUCCUGCAGGUUUCCUCCUUCCUGCAGGUUUCCUCCUUCCUGCAGGUUUCCUCCUUCCUGCAGGUUUCCUCCUUCCUGCAGGUUUCCUCCUUCCUGCAGGUUUCCUCCUUCCUGCAGGUUUCCUCCUUCCUGCAGGUUUCCUCCUUCCUGCAGGUUUCCUCCUUCCUGCAGGUUUCCUCCUUCCUGCAGGUUUCCUCCUUCCUGCAGGUUUCCUCCUUCCUGCAGGUUUCCUCCUUCCUGCAGGUUUCCUCCUUCCUGCAGGUUUCCUCCUUCCUGCAGGUUUCCUCCUUCCUGCAGGUUUCCUCCUUCCUGCAGGUUUCCUCCUUCCUGCAGGUUUCCUCCUUCCUGCAGGUUUCCUCCUUCCUGCAGGUUUCCUCCUUCCUGCAGGUUUCCUCCUUCCUGCAGGUUUCCUCCUUCCUGCAGGUUUCCUCCUUCCUGCAGGUUUCCUCCUUCCUGCAGGUUUCCUCCUUCCUGCAGGUUUCCUCCUUCCUGCAGGUUUCCUCCUUCCUGCAGGUUUCCUCCUUCCUGCAGGUUUCCUCCUUCCUGCAGGUUUCCUCCUUCCUGCAGGUUUCCUCCUUCCUGCAGGUUUCCUCCUUCCUGCAGGUUUCCUCCUUCCUGCAGGUUUCCUCCUUCCUGCAGGUUUCCUCCUUCCUGCAGGUUUCCUCCUUCCUGCAGGUUUCCUCCUUCCUGCAGGUUUCCUCCUUCCUGCAGGUUUCCUCCUUCCUGCAGGUUUCCUCCUUCCUGCAGGUUUCCUCCUUCCUGCAGGUUUCCUCCUUCCUGCAGGUUUCCUCCUUCCUGCAGGUUUCCUCCUUCCUGCAGGUUUCCUCCUUCCUGCAGGUUUCCUCCUUCCUGCAGGUUUCCUCCUUCCUGCAGGUUUCCUCCUUCCUGCAGGUUUCCUCCUUCCUGCAGGUUUCCUCCUUCCUGCAGGUUUCCUCCUUCCUGCAGGUUUCCUCCUUCCUGCAGGUUUCCUCCUUCCUGCAGGUUUCCUCCUUCCUGCAGGUUUCCUCCUUCCUGCAGGUUUCCUCCUUCCUGCAGGUUUCCUCCUUCCUGCAGGUUUCCUCCUUCCUGCAGGUUUCCUCCUUCCUGCAGGUUUCCUCCUUCCUGCAGGUUUCCUCCUUCCUGCAGGUUUCCUCCUUCCUGCAGGUUUCCUCCUUCCUGCAGGUUUCCUCCUUCCUGCAGGUUUCCUCCUUCCUGCAGGUUUCCUCCUUCCUGCAGGUUUCCUCCUUCCUGCAGGUUUCCUCCUUCCUGCAGGUUUCCUCCUUCCUGCAGGUUUCCUCCUUCCUGCAGGUUUCCUCCUUCCUGCAGGUUUCCUCCUUCCUGCAGGUUUCCUCCUUCCUGCAGGUUUCCUCCUUCCUGCAGGUUUCCUCCUUCCUGCAGGUUUCCUCCUUCCUGCAGGUUUCCUCCUUCCUGCAGGUUUCCUCCUUCCUGCAGGUUUCCUCCUUCCUGCAGGUUUCCUCCUUCCUGCAGGUUUCCUCCUUCCUGCAGGUUUCCUCCUUCCUGCAGGUUUCCUCCUUCCUGCAGGUUUCCUCCUUCCUGCAGGUUUCCUCCUUCCUGCAGGUUUCCUCCUUCCUGCAGGUUUCCUCCUUCCUGCAGGUUUCCUCCUUCCUGCAGGUUUCCUCCUUCCUGCAGGUUUCCUCCUUCCUGCAGGUUUCCUCCUUCCUGCAGGUUUCCUCCUUCCUGCAGGUUUCCUCCUUCCUGCAGGUUUCCUCCUUCCUGCAGGUUUCCUCCUUCCUGCAGGUUUCCUCCUUCCUGCAGGUUUCCUCCUUCCUGCAGGUUUCCUCCUUCCUGCAGGUUUCCUCCUUCCUGCAGGUUUCCUCCUUCCUGCAGGUUUCCUCCUUCCUGCAGGUUUCCUCCUUCCUGCAGGUUUCCUCCUUCCUGCAGGUUUCCUCCUUCCUGCAGGUUUCCUCCUUCCUGCAGGUUUCCUCCUUCCUGCAGGUUUCCUCCUUCCUGCAGGUUUCCUCCUUCCUGCAGGUUUCCUCCUUCCUGCAGGUUUCCUCCUUCCUGCAGGUUUCCUCCUUCCUGCAGGUUUCCUCCUUCCUGCAGGUUUCCUCCUUCCUGCAGGUUUCCUCCUUCCUGCAGGUUUCCUCCUUCCUGCAGGUUUCCUCCUUCCUGCAGGUUUCCUCCUUCCUGCAGGUUUCCUCCUUCCUGCAGGUUUCCUCCUUCCUGCAGGUUUCCUCCUUCCUGCAGGUUUCCUCCUUCCUGCAGGUUUCCUCCUUCCUGCAGGUUUCCUCCUUCCUGCAGGUUUCCUCCUUCCUGCAGGUUUCCUCCUUCCUGCAGGUUUCCUCCUUCCUGCAGGUUUCCUCCUUCCUGCAGGUUUCCUCCUUCCUGCAGGUUUCCUCCUUCCUGCAGGUUUCCUCCUUCCUGCAGGUUUCCUCCUUCCUGCAGGUUUCCUCCUUCCUGCAGGUUUCCUCCUUCCUGCAGGUUUCCUCCUUCCUGCAAGGUUCCUCCUUCCUGCAGGUUUCCUCCUUCCUGCAGGUUUCCUCCUUCCUGCAGGUUUCCUCCUUACCUUUGUCCGGCUCCUUUCCCCUCGUGUCCCCAUUCCUCCCCUCCCCGCCAGCAGAAAUCAUGUAUGCUCUUAAUGGAAGGCUUGGUGAAGGGCCAGGCUUGGUGAAGGGCCAGGUGACUGCCAUCAUCACAGGAGCCAUCUCUCUCAUUGUGACUGCAACCUUUGCUUACUCCCUUCAUUCUGCUCUCCUCUGUGUUUCCUCCCUGAGCAGGCUUGGUGAAGGGCCAGGUGACUGCCAUCAUCACUGGAUCCGUCUCUCUCAUUCUCUGCUCCCUAAUCAUUACCUGCUCUCCUCAAUCAACAUUCCAUCUGUGCUUGUUGCCUGA